ACCAUAUAAUUUAGGCCUGAAAACAUUUGUCCCCCAACAAAAACAAAUACAAAUGUGGCAAUCAUUAUCGAACAUGGGUGCCACCCCACAUUUUGACUCUUUAUCCCAACCAACCCCAAUCCCUCAUUUCAAAUAUAAACUCUCUGCCACAUUUUCGCAAACACGUAACCUGCAAAAAAAAAAUCCCAAAAAAAAUGCAGUUUCUAACCAUUUUUGUUCUCCUCCUGCUGUUGUUCACAGCAACCUCAAAUGCCCUGACAGGAAGCACUUCAAUCCAGUUUCUGGGCACGAAAACCCAGUUCCUGGGCCCACAGAAUGCCGUGAGGAAGGCGCUGAGGAUGAGGCCGCUGGUGUGGGACCCGCGGCUGGAGAAGUACGCGCGGUGGUACGCGGACAAGAGGCGGUACGACUGCGCGCUGGUGCAUUCCAACGGGCCGUACGGGGAGAACAUAUUCUGGGGGAGCGGCGAGGGGUGGACCCCGGCGCAGGCGGCGGAGGCGUGGGUAGCCGAGCAGAGGUGGUACCGAUACUGGUCCAACUCCUGCGCCGGUGGUGAGGUCUGCGGCCACUACACGCAGAUCGUGUGGCGCGAAACGCGGAAGAUCGGGUGCGCCAGAGUGACUUGCUUUGGUGGUAAGGGUGUGUUCAUGACUUGCAACUAUGACCCUCCGGGGAAUUAUGUUGGCGAGAGGCCUUACUGAAUUACAUGUAUACAUUAUAUUUAUAUAAACAUAUA